AUGUCCAAUCACAUAAUUAUCCAUGGCUUUUCUUUUCUCUUCUUUCUCUUCCCUUUUCGCCUUCUUUUCCGCCGGAUGACGCAUCAUUUUGGCUCAAAUUGGAUCGCAACUCUAGAUUUGCAUGUGGAGAGCCGAGAAAGGCUCCCUCUCACUAAGACAUUCACUUCCCAUUUGAUUCUACGCCACUUCCCCGAUAAAGAUGGCAUCAUUUAG